CUGGAGCCGUACGCUCGUGUCCACUCCAGUGCUCUUUUUUGUUGUUUUUUUCUUUUUACCGCGAAGCCCCUCGGCCGGGUCCUCCCGCCCGCUCCCGCGCAGAGCGAGCCUCCUCCCGUCCCGCGCGAAGCAGCCCCGGCCGGAGCGGCGAUGCGCCUCAUUCAGAACAUGUGCACCAUCGCCGAGUACCCCGCUGCGGGCAGCGCCGCCGCUGCAGAUUACUGCCUGGGGGCGGCGGGCCGCCGGCUGGUCAAGAUCGCCGUGGUGGGGGCCAGCGGCGUGGGCAAGACCGCUCUGGUGGUUCGGUUCCUCACCAAACGAUUCAUUGGUGACUACGAAAGAAAUGCAGGUAAUCUCUAUACCAGACAGGUCCAAAUAGAAGGUGAAACACUGGCUAUUCAGGUUCAAGACACUCCAGGUAUUCAGGUCCACGAGAAUGGCUUGAGCUGCAACGAACAGCUGAAUAGGUGCAUCCGCUGGGCAGAUGCUGUGGUAAUCGUUUUCUCCAUCACCGACUACAAGAGCUAUGAACUCAUUGGCCAGCUUCACCAGCACGUCCAGCAGCUACACCUGGGCACGCGGCUGCCCGUGGUGGUCGUGGCCAACAAAGCUGACCUGUUGCACAUCAAGCAGGUGGACCCUCAGCUUGGACUACAGCUGGCCAGCAUGCUGGGCUGCUCAUUCUAUGAAGUGUCCGUCAGUGAAAAUUACAACGACGUCUACAACGCUUUCCACGUCCUGUGCAAAGAAGUGAGUCACAAGCAGCCGCCAAGCAGCACGCCAGAGAAGCGGAGGACCUCCCUCAUCCCCAGGCCCAAGUCGCCUAACAUGCAGGACCUGAAGAGGAGGUUCAAGCAAGCCCUCUCUGCCAAAGUGAGGACUGUCACCUCCGUCUGAAGCAGAGGCACUCAGGGGGGUUUGGUCUCCCGGGAAGAGAGUCUGAGGUUCUUCCAGUGCAGGAACGUUGAACGCUGGCAGGAAUUCGUGGUUCCAGAAAGGGCUGGCGCAGGGAGGCCAGAAGGGCCUGUGGAACUGGCAGAAAAGGAAGCAUUGUUCUGAGCAGGGGACAGACUUGAUGAGGCUCGAAGGAGCCCACAGAGCCACUCUCUGAAUAUGUGAAAUGUACUCCAUGUCUUUUCCUGUGGAGGGGGAGGGGACAUAAUCACUUUGGAUUUUGUCCUUAACUAUCUUAUUAAUGGUGCUCAGUUGUAGUUUCACCAAAUCUAUUGAUGUGAUUUACAGUGGGUCUGAAAGAAUAGAUCCAGCUCUCGCGGGCUUUCCUUUCUUCCUUCUUCCCUCUUUCUCCCCCAGCCCUCCUCCCGCCCAAGGAAGAGUUGUUCUUCUCUUACAAGGAAGAUUUGCACCCCUGGAACACGCUCUUCCUUAUAGGAUGCCUUUCUAACGUGAGGGGACCCAGAUUUCUUUUUUAAAGAACAAAGAGGAAAAUAUUCCCCAUCCCCUCAAAAAGGGUGGAGUUUAUGGGCCAAAAUGUGUACCCCAACAUCUGUAAGCUUGUAUGGCCAGACACAGGGAGGGUGCUUAGUUGGACCUGUGUUGAGUGGUUGAGAAUUCAAACUCUUCAGCCCCAAACUUUGAGUGGUUUGUGAGACUGUAUAAUUUUCUUGGAAAAAAAAAACUGUUACACUAGGUACAGGAAAAAAAAAAAUGUGUCCAUUGAAUUUGGUGUAAUUUGUGUACAUGGCUUAUGGCAAUGACUCUGGGCUGUUUCCCAGGCCUGGUUGAGUCAUGGCUUAAAUACCAAAACACUAUCUUACAGCGAGUG